AUGGCGACAAGGUGCUUCUUCCCGAGGGACCACGCGGCGGCCGGGGCACAGGGCCACGGCCACCGGCAGCAGCACCAGUCGAAGGCGGCCGCGGAGGCGCUGGAGCAGCUGCACCACGGCGGCCGCGUGCUGUCCCGGGAGGAGGUGGGCGGCGCGGUGCGCGUCAAGAUCGUGGUCAGCAAGCGCGAGCUCAAGAAGAUGGUGGCCGCGCUCGGCACCGGCCCCACCACCAUCGCGGGCUCGACGGCGGCGUCGGGGGGCGAACGCCGCAGCUCCCGCCAGCGCGCGUCAGGCGGCGGCGGGACAGACGCCGAGCAGAGGCUGCAGUCGCUCCGGCGGCGCAGCAUGCGGCGGGCGGCGGAGGAGGCGCGCCGGAUGCAGGCCAGCGGGGAGUGGGAGCCCGGCCUGCAGAGCAUCCCCGAGGAGGCCUACUGAGUUAGACGGCGUCGUUGGUUAAUCGCUUUUUACUAAUCUACUACUCGUAUCAUCAAGGCGGGCUGGGUUUU